AUGAGGGGUAAACGGAUUCACAAAGGCAGAACACGAAAGUUCACAGCUCCAGAAGAAAUCGAUCGUCAACUAGGUCUAAUCAGAGGAGAUAAUAUUACAGAAGGUGGCUCCUCUUUGAAGGAAUCAGAAGACGGUAAUGUUGGUGAUAAUGUGAGCGGCGAUAAUGACGAAGAUGAUGAUAGUGAUAGCGAAGACGAAAACGUAACUGGACGUCAUAAAGGUGUUAGCCAUCUAAUAGAAGUUUGUAAUCCAAAUCAUAUCAAAGGUUCUAAUUCAGUUGUGCCUUCAAAGAAAGAAUUGAUAGCUUCAUCUAAAGCUGUUGUAGACCCGUUAAAGUUACAGUCAGAAAGUGAAUUGGCCAUUAACUUGGCACGUCUUCAAUUGGUCAGGAAAGAACGUGAAUUAGCUGCUCAAAAACUUGAACAGGAAAGGCAAGCCCGUGAAGCACAACGUUUAGCUGCUGCUAAGCGCGCAGCAGAAGCAAAGCUACAGACAGGUAAACAACAGAAAAGUGGUGGUCGUAAACAAGCAUCAACAGCUGAGAGUAGUAAACAGAAGAGCAACAAUCGAGACAAGAGUACACCGGCAUCAGCAAAAAGUGAACUUGCCGCGCCAACAGUUGAUUAA